AUGAGAAGGGUUCAGUCUGCCAGCCUUAAUGGAGCCAUAUGUCUCCCAAAGAAAGUAUCUUUCAAAUAUGGAAACUCAGGUCUGAUCCAGGAUCAGUCCAGAGUGCAGAUAGAUGUAACGGAGGAUCAGUCUGGCUGUUACCAAAAUAUCCAACACAACAUAUCCAUUUCUGAGUCAGAUGAUGUCCUGCUGAGAAUCACUGAGGGUCAUAAAACCACCCUGAAAAAUAAAUAUAAGUUCUUAUAUGAAGGUGUCACACCGAAAGGCAACCAAACCCUCCUCAACAGCAUUUACACAGAGCUCUACAUCACAGAGGGAGAGAGUGAAGGAGUGAAUGACAAACACGAGAUUCUACGGAUUGAAACAGCAUCCAGGAAAUGGUUUUCUCAAGACAAACCAAUCAGCUGCAAUGACAUCUUCAAACCCUUGACAACCAACAGAACUAAAGAGCACAAAAAAGCCUUGUCUAGUCAAGAAUCUGGAAGGGACAGACAAAAACCAGAAAUCAGAACUGUACUCACCAAGGGCAUUGCUGGAAUUGGAAAAACAGUCUCUGUGCAGAAGUUCAUUCUGGACUGGGCAGAGGGAAGGAUCGAUCAGGACAUUGAUUUCAUGUUGGUUCUUCCUUUAAGAGAACUGAACUUGGUUAAAGAUGAACAGUUCAGUCUUCAUGGACUCCUGCUAGAGUUUCACCCAGAACUGAAAGACUUGGAUCCAAAGAAAUAUAAUGAUUUUAAAAUGCUGUUCAUCUUUGAUGGUUUAGAUGAGAGUCGACUUCAGCUGAGUUUUUCUGAGAGUCUAAAUGAUGUGACCAAAACAUCAUCAGUGAAUAUGCUGAUAUCAAACCUCAUUCAAGGAAAUCUUCUUCCCUUUGCACUCAUCUGGAUAACCUCCAGACCAGCAGCAGCCAAUCAGAUUCCUUCUCAGUUCAUCAGUCAUGUGACUGAAAUCCAAGGAUUCAGUGAUUCACAGAAAGUGGAAUACUUCAGAAAAAGAGUCAGUGAUAAGAGUCAAGCCAGCAGAAUCAUCUCACACAUCAAGUCAUCAGUGAGUCUCCACAUCAUGUGUCACAUCCCAGUGUUCUGUUGGAUUUCAGCCACUGUGCUUCAGGAAAUGCUGCAUCAAGACAAUGUAAAAGAGAUCCCUAAAACUCUGACUGAAAUGUACAUUCACUUCCUGCUCAUUCAGACUAAAAUGAAGAAGCAGAAAUAUGAGCAGAAAAUUGAGACAGACUCAAAGAUUCUUCUGGAGUCAAGCAAGGAGAUAUUUCUGAAACUUGCAAAGCUGGCUUUUAAUCAGUUGCUGAGAGGCAAUAUCAUGUUUUAUGAAGAGGAUCUGAGAGAAAGUGGCAUUGAUGUGAGUGAGGCCACAGUGUGCUCUGGGAUUUGUACUGAGAUCUUUAAGGAGGAAUCUGUGCUUCGUCAGAAGAAGGUCUACUGCUUUGUGCAUCUGAGUGUUCAAGAGUUCUUUGCUGCUCUCUAUGUGUUUUACUGCUAUAUAAACAAGAACAUGGAGGCACUGGAGUACUUUCUACAAGAAGAGACCAGAGUGGAGCCAAGAAGUGUUCCCUUGGAUGAAUUGCUGAGGAAAGCUGUGGAUAAAUCUUUGGAGAGUAAGGAUGGACAUCUCGAUCUGUUUGUCCGCUUCCUUCAUGGCAUCUCACUAGAGUCCAACCAGAAACUCCUACAAGGCCUGCUGACACACACACAGAACAACCAGGAGGGCAUCAAGAAAAUAAGCCGUUACAUCAAAAAGUUAAAUAAAGAUGGUGUCCCACCUGAGAGAUGGAUCAAUCUACUGCACUGCCUUACUGAAAUGAAUGAUCACUCUCUCCAUGAAGAAAUUCAAGCUUUUGUCAAGUCUGGAAAUUACAGAUCUGAACUCUCACUUGCACACUGCACAGCACUGGCCUACAUGUUUCUGAUGUCAGAGGAGGUGCUGGAUGAAUUUGACCUGAAGAAAUACAAGACAUCAGAUGAGGGUCAUAGGAGACUGGUCCCAGCUGUGAGGUGCUGCAGAAAAGCUCAACUCAGAGACAAUAAACUCACUCAGCUGUCCUGUGAAACUAUCGCCUCAGCUCUGAAGUCAGUGAAUUGCCCCCUGAGGGAACUGGACCUGAGUAACACUGGUCUUCAGGAUUCAGGAGUGACGAUGCUCUGUGCUGCACUAAAGAAUCCAAACUGUAAACUGGAAAUACUGAGACUUGCUCUCUGUAAACUCACUGAACAGUCCUGUUCAUCUAUAGCUUCAGUUCUACAGUCAGUAAACUGUCCCCUGAGAGAACUGGACCUGAGUAACAAUGACCUUCAGGAUUCAGGAGUGAAGUCUCUCUGUGUGGGACUGAACAAUCCGCACUGUAAACUGGAGAUACUGAGACUUACUCUCUGUAAACUCACUGAACAGUCCUGUGAAGCUGUAGCCUCAGUUCUACAGUCAGUAAACUGUCCCCUGAGAGAACUGGACCUGAGUAACAAUGACCUUCAGGAUUCAGGAGUGAAGUUUCUCUGUGUGGGACUGAAGAAUCCACACUGUAAACUGGAGAUACUGAGACUCAGAGACUAUAAACUCACUCAGCAGUCCUGUGAAACUAUCGCCUCAGCUCUGAUGUCAGUGAACUGCCCCCUGAGAGAACUGGACCUGAGUAAUACUGGUCUUCAGGAUUCAGGAGUGACGAUGCUCUGUGCCGCACUAAAGAAUCCAAACUGUCAGCUGGAAAUACUGAGACUUGCUGGUUGUAAACUCACUGAACAGUCCUGUGAAGCUGUAGCCUCAGUUCUACAGUCAGUAAACUGUCCCCUGAGAGAACUGGACCUAAAUAACAAUGACCUUCAGGAUUCAGGAGUGAAGUUUCUCUGUGAGGGCGUGAAGAAUCCACACUGUAAACUGGAGAUACUGAGGUUGUCUGGUUGUUUAGUGACAGAGGAAGGUUGUUCUUCUUUGGCUUCAGCUCUGAGUUCAAACCCCUCACACCUGAGAGAACUGGAUCUGAGCUACAAUCACCCAGGAGACUCAGGAAUGAAGCAGCUCCCUACACAGAUGAAUCAACACUUUCAGCUUAAGUCAGUACUUGUGGACCAUGGUGGAGAAUUCAUGAUCAAACCAGGAUUGAGAAAAUAUGCCUGUGAUCUAACACUGGACCUAAACACAGUAAACACAAAACUCUCUCUGUCUGAGGGGAACAGAAAGGUGACGUAUGUGCCAGAGAAUCAGUCGUAUCCUGAUCAUCCAGAGAGAUUUGAUAUCUGGGGUCAGGUCAUGUGUAGAGAGAGUCUGACUGCACGCUGUUACUGGGAGUCUGAGUGGAGUGGAGAUUAUGCUGUUAUAUCAGUGACAUGUAAAGAAAUCAGUAGGAAAGGACUGAGUGAUGACUGUAAGUUUGGACUCAAUGAAAAGUCCUGGAGUCUGUGGUGCUCUGAUAACAGUUACAUUGCCAUUCACAAUAAACACAGAACUAGCAUACUCCACCACCCCUCAUCCACCCACAGAGUAGGAGUGUAUCUGGACUGGUCAUCUGGAACUGUGUCCUUCUACAGCGUCUCCUCUGACACACACACACUCACACACUUACACACAUUCCACUGCACAUUCACUGAACCCCUCUAUGCUGGGUUUGGCUUUUAUGUCAGUCGCUCCUCAGUGUCCCUCUACGCGAACUUCACAUACAGCAAACAGGCUCUUUUGGAUAUCAACAAUCGGUGCACCAACAUAGUUUUGGACUUUCCAUUCAACUUCGGGGAAUUACCACCGGAGUUAGAAAGGACACCGCGGUCUGUCAGACAACUCAUCCCGACCGGAAGUGUCCGGUGGCGGCACAGAGACCGUAAACAAAGACGGGGGAAGCGCGGAGGUCUGCGUGCUAGACUAAGGCUAAAUCCACACCGGCAAGCACUACCUAGCAUCUUCCUCGCCAAUGCACGGUCUCUAGCAAACAAGCUGGACGAAAGGGGCGCACAGUCUUCAGGGCUGACAGAGCUGCAGUGGCGCAUGUGGCAGGGCAUACAGAACAUCACGGACUACAAACCACCCAGUACUGUGCCCCCAUCCAGCUCGGCCUCCCUCCCUGAUGAGCUCAACCACUUCUACGCUCGCUUUGACCGGGAAAACAAGGAGGUCACCCUCAAAGCGGAUCUCCCCCCUGGUGAACUGCCCCUCUCACUUUCCAGCUCUGAUGUCUGCGCCACCCUGAGCAGGUUUGCCUACCACACCAACAGGUCAGCGGAGGAUGCCGUCUCCAUGGCACUCCAUUCUGCCCUUACUCAUCUAGACAGUUCCAACUCUUACGUCAGAAUGCUGUUCAUUGACUUCAGCUCAGCAUUCAACACCGUGAUUCCCUCCAAGCUGAUCUCCAAGCUUAGCCAGCUUGGUAUUAGCACAUCCCUGGGCAACUGGACUCUGGACUUUCUGACUAACAGACCCCAGUCUGUUAAGUUAGACUACCUCACCUCUUCCACUCUCACUCUGAACACCAGCAUGGCACAAGGCUGUGUGCUGAGCCCUCUCCUGUACUCCCUCUUCACCUACGACUGCAUCCCUGUGCAUGGUACCAACACCAUAAUCAAGUUCGCAGACGACACCACGGUGGUAGGCCUGAUCAGAGAGGACGACGAGACAGCCUACAGAGACGAGGUCGAGCACCUGGCUGCAUGGUGCGCAGACAACAACCUGGCCCUCAACACUCAGAAGACCAAGGAGAUCAUUGUGGACUUCAGGCGUGCUAGGAGCAAAGCACACGCCCCCAUCUAUAUCGACAGCAGCUUUAAUUCCUGCGGAGCCUUAAGAAACUGGGUGAAUGAGUCUGGUACUGAUCUGCGGACAGACUCCAGGUUUCAGGUCACACCUCCACACACCUCCCAGUACCCUGACUGUCAAACUCCAGCAGAAAGACAAUCACUGGAAAUGGACAUGUCAGCUGACAAAGGGAACUGA